CAUACAUACGUGCAUACUAUCGAACCAUCAUCUCAAAAUGCCUUCCAACUUCGACCUCACCACAGCGGCUGUCGUAAUCGUCUUGGGCGCCACGUUCUGGUACUCCUUCUCAGAAUACAGGGCGGUGACUGCCCUUGAUCGCAACGAGCCGAAACAGGGCGUCUCCCCUUCCAACUCCGAGUCGACCUUAGUAGGAUCAGAGGAGCCAAAAUCAAAGUCAGAGGAGAGUGUUGCAGGAUUCUUCAGAGCUCUGCCUACCGAUCCCUUGGAGCAACAACGUUACGUCGAUAGGCUGCCCGAGAUCGGGGUCACGGGAUUGAUAUUCGAAGGAGAUGAUCGUGGCGGCCACAGUUUCAACGACGGAUCGACUUCUCUGCUCGACCCCCAGGGUGGAGUGAAGAUCGAGGUCACUGAGGCUGUACAUGCACUCGAGUAUCUGAAGGAUGCGGUUGAUAUUGAUAGGUGGGAAGCCCUGGGCAUGUCCUGCACCUGUCAAGUGCGCCGGAGGCCCUACACCUACAUCCCCUCCACCUACAUCCCAAAAAUCCCUGAAGGGGGUGAUUCCCGUUGGAAGGAUGAACUCUGGACCCAUCUGAAGACGGAAGCUUGGGACAAAGAGGUGGUCAUCAUUGCCUCGACACACGGUUUCACUCCCCGUGUACAAGAGUGUUUUUACGGACUUGUCGCUUCGGCCCCUUGGCUGACCUUUAUCUACACCGCGGGACGAGCCCUCCUUGCCAACCAAGAGGAAGAGGACGAUAACACGAUUGUGACGAAAUCGGGGACUACUAGCCGAGAGCAUCCGCAAGACGUUGAGUACAGAGACCUUGAGUACAAGGCCGUCUACCAGGAGGACUUCGAAAGGCAUAAACGGGUCAGCAUCGAUGUGUCGAUCAGCCGAUCGGCUGGCGACCUCCACCCUCGUUUCAAGACGGAGGUGAGCGCGGUAGGCGACCUCGACAACCUUGCGGCUGGUGAACAGCAGGUAUUCGUGAAGAAAAUCGUCUGUCAUUACGAGAUUACCGGACGGGACAGAAUGAACGUGCGCUGGGAGCUCGAUCCAUGGCUGGAUGGAACCGCUCUCCCUCCUACCACCGUGACUAGGAAUGUGUCAGCGGGGAUCAAUGCGGGAUCGGAAGGGGGUGCUGGGAAUCGAGAGACCGAGACGGUACAACAGCCCGGGCGAAUCAUACAGGUACAUGAAGAUCUGAGCUAUGACAAGCGGCUUGAAUGUACUGCGGGACCUCGAACUCCUCCGGGAUGGUCUCGAUUCACUCAUAUCGACCAGAUCGCGUACAGGACUCGCCCUUUCGCGGCCACCUACACAGCCACAGUCGAUGUGCUUUACGAGAUCAAGGAAAGUACUGUGAUCAUUUCACGGGUAAUGACCACACUCAGUUUGACUUUUGAACUCUCCGAUACUGCACCGGUGGAGGAAUGGCAUCACGUUGUCGUCAUCGAUAAAGGACCUAAGCGCCGACCUGAGAUCGAUCGUUCUGAUCAUAUGACAUAUGACUUGAAGAUUGACACCAGACAUUGUGGUUUACCCCGUCGACUUGCCCAAGCGAGGAGGUUGACACACUUUGCGGAUCAGCCACUUGCGGACCAGCCAGUCCCCAUGGGUUUUGCUCAGCCAGUCCCCUCUGGGUUUGCUGUUGAUUGAAUGCGGUCGGAUUACCUUUGGUCACGGCACACGAGCUAUCUU